AUGGCUCGGCGUUCUGCUCGAUUGAGCAAGACUGCUCAGCAGCAGCCUGCCUCUUCUCGUCGACUUACUUCCACUUUUCAACUCGAAUCCCUGGUGGAACGAGACGAAACUCCAGAUCAUGCGGAACCACAGUCCAUCGAUGAUGUACUGGCAACUCCGGCCUCCGCAGCGACCAUGAAAUCCCAACUGUCAAGACUUUCGGGCCUCAAAACACCACGGACUGAGCCGAAGGUUGAUCGCGCUGAGAUGCAUCCGGGGCUGGUACACCAAUCCACUGCGAAAGCUCCGGACUCUGGUCUAAAACUAGGGUUUGUCGAUAUUCCAGCUCAACCGCCCCACUCCCUUGCAAGUGCCCAAAAUACCCCUUCCAAGGCACGCACUAGUACGCCGGCCAAAAUGACAUCGACGUCUUUCGACUUCAAAUUUGCUUCAGAGUCACAGCUGAGUUCGGAAGCACAGAAAUUGAUGGACAAUGUGCGGGAGGAAGCUGCUCGAAUCAAAGCGCAAAUGGUGGCAGAGAAGAAGAUUCAACUUCAGAAAGAUGCUGAAGCCGAGGCUGCUUUCGACGGCAUAAGCGCCGCAGGAAGAAAAUUCGCCAAACCCAAGGGAAAGGCCGGCCGGUUCAGUGAUGUUCACAUGGCUCAGUUCAAGAAGAUGGACUCGAUAGCCAACCACCCAUCUGCAUAUAGAUCUCGCCCUGGUUUUGCUCAGCCUACUGCCCAGUCACUGAAGAGAAGUCCUUCCAAAGCCGGUCUAGAUGAUGUGGAACGACCGCGAACUGCCGGGAAAGGCACCCCGGGUCGACAACCGCCUCCAUUUCUUGGUCGCCCUACUUCCGUCAGUCCCUUCAAGUCCAUCCCCACACAAUCAACCUCAGCCAAGCGUUCAAGACAGUCAGAAAUGCCAGAUGUGUCCGCCGCCAGACAAUCUGAACACCAACCAAGAGCGACAUUGGUCCCUAAGCUAUCUUCAAGCAGUCUAUUCUCACCUACCAAGUCCUCGUUAGCGAAGAAUUCUUCAAGUCAAAUCCCGGUGUUCUCUCCUGGUAAACCUUCUACUCUUUCGCGUACAACAAGCAUGCGAUCACUCAGACCUACCUCAGCUUUGUCAACUGCCAGACCUGCGACGUCAAGUGGCACAGAAGGAUCAAAAAUUGCUGCUGCGGCGUCACAUCCGCAAACAGUCAAGCCGCUUUCCAUACCGCAGUCAGAGUUGAGUAAAAUCGCUAUGGCUUCUCAAUCAGGGAUAUUGCAGCGUGCCAAAUCAACAGCGGAUCUUGGUACCGCCACGGAAGGGACUGACCAUGCCUCGCGACUCCCAAUGUUUGCUGGACUGAAGUCGAUCCUGCGCUCAGGCCGAAAGUCUACCGCCACCACACCUAUUGAGGAGAGACCAGGAACCCCUAAGCGACCCAACACAGCAAUACCCAUUCCGGGCUCUGCUAAGAAGGUGGACUUCACUCCUAGCGUCAAGUCAAGGUACGCGGUAAAGCUGGCAGCUGGCAGUCCUAGUCCAGCAAAGCUGCCGCAUGUGACUCCGGGAAGACCCCAAGGGCCUCCUGUGCUGUUUGAUCCCGCUGCUUAUGUUUUGCAUAAUGAGGAGGUGGAAGACGAAUGGGAGGAUGCUGAAAGCGAAAUCGAAUAUCCUGUGCUCCCGGAAGCAUCUUCGAGCCCAAUGACGACCAACGCGGCUACCACGUUCAAAGAGAAAGCGAAAACCCUCAGCCGUCGCGAGUCAAAGGAAUUCAAAUCCAUCUUCACCACGCUGCAUCAUCCAUCACGUUCUAACGUGCCUUCUACAUUGACUUCAGUCAACACUGCCGUCAAUCAAACUGAUCCAACCAAACAUGCCAACAAGGUUAUGCGAUCUCCCGGCAAUGCGAACUUCUCGAAGCCAUCUCCGAAUACGAUUCGUCAAGUCCGUACCUCUGGUGUAUCGGAGCUUGUCCAGCCUUUUGAGGAUGCUGAAGUCAAGACAGUUCCGCAUGGUUUACCCGGCAAGAAGCGGCGUCGUGAGUCGGCUAAAUCAGAUGAGCAGGAGGUCCAUGCGGACAUGGGGAAAGAAAAUCGUCGAGGUUCUGUUAUGCCUCCUGUUCCUGGUGGAUGGCGGGACAGCCUUCGGACUGGCGAAGAAGAGGAUGAAGGAAGCAAGAGAGGUGGAAAGCGUCUUCGAGUUGCGCUUGUCAAGGACCUCAGCACUGAUCAACCAGCCAGUGGCAAGGCAUCACCAAUUACGAAGAAGGCCAAGCCCAGUUCCGCUCGAGAGAUGGCGAAGAGCAAUGCAAAGGAACGCAAGGGUAUUUUGAGUCUGAGUCGAUUGAAUAUGCUCAGUAGACCGAAGCAAAGAGGUUGA